AGCUCACCUGUGCAGGGUGAAUUAGUGCUGUCAGAACUCACCUGUUGAAGGUGGUUGGGGGGUAGUUUUCGCCCUCUAUGCGGAUGUCCGGGUACAGCUGGCUGAUGGCUCUGGAGUACUCCUGGAACACUUUACUGUAACCUCAGGAGAUACUGAAAUCAAAAGAGGACACACCUGAGAGAUUUUAUUUUAAGACGUCAUAUCUCCACGACACGAGGGAUAAACAGUGUGACGUCACAUUCGUGCGACAGGCUGCUUCCUGCCGCUGGAGGAGGUAAAGGUGAAGGAGCAAUAAAACCUGAAUAAGGGUCGGAUCCCCCUCACAGGAACUCCUCCAAGAACAGGGUCCAGGUCACCUGACGGCUCACGUCACACAGGACAGGUUACCAUGGUGAUUGCGGGGGGGUUAAUAAGGUCCUGUGUCCUGAAGCCCCGCCUCCUGAAGCCCCGCCCCCUGGACUUUUCUGGACAAGGAUUCAGUUUUUCCCCAGUUCACAGAGAGUCACCUUCACCUGCUCACAGUCUCUCUGCACCUCUUUCUGCUGGACUCCCAUCAUGCAGGCUCAAGAGGGUACCUGUCAGGGACCUGUCCGGUGUCUGGACGGCGUCAGGACUCAGGGACCAGUCAGGUGCCCCAUUGGUGUCAGGACUCAGGGAGCUGUCAGGUGCCCCAAUGGCAUCAGGACUCAGGGACCUGUCGGGUGCCCCUACGGCGUCAGGACUCGGGGACCUGUCAGGUGUCUGGACAGCAUCAGGACUCAGGGACCUGUCAGGUGCCCCGACGGCGUCAGGAAUCAGGGACCAGUCAGGUGCCCUUGCGGCGUCAGGAUUCAGGGACCUGUCAGGUGCCCCGUGGGCUCCAGGACUCAGGAACCUGUCAGGUGUCUGGACAGGUUCAGGAGUGAGGAGGUUCUCGGGUGUCUGGACGGGUUCAGGAGUGAGGAGGUUCUCAGGUGUCUGGACGGGUUCAGGAGCGAGGGGGUUCUCAGGUGUUGCAGGUGAUGAAGGAUCAGCCGGCUGGUACAGCGUUGUGUCGGACUCGGCUCUGGUCCACCUGUGUGAGCACUUCCUGGUGAGCGUGCAGCAGGUGAGCGGGCUGCCGUGGUGGUCUAGCAUCAUCGUGGCGACGCUGUCAGUCAGAACGCUCGUCACUCUGCCGCUCGCCGCCUACCAGAUGGUCAUCAUCGCCAAGGUGGAGGCCCUGAAGGCGGAGGUCUCUGAACUCGCCAAGAGACUCAAAUAUGAAGUCUCAGUCCGAGCAAGAGAGAGAGGCUGGACGGAGAAACAGAGCAGGUUCCAGUUCAAGAAGAAUCUGCGUCGUCUGGUCUCUCAGCUCUACAUCCGGGACAACUGUCACCCCUUCAAAGCCAGUCUACUGGUCUGGGUCCAGCUCCCCUUGUGGAUCAGCCUAUCCUUUGCCCUCAGAAACCUGAGUCUUGAUCAGUCCACACAACACUCCGGUCUGGCGGCAGGGGGAGCGCUGUGGUUCCCCAACCUCACUGCACCGGACUCUACCUGGAUCCUACCGGUCUGCCUCGGACUCACAAACCUGCUCAUCGUAGAGGUGUUUUCUCUCCAGCGGGUCGACCCGACGCGUUUCCAGAAGUUUCUGACGAAUUUCAUUCGAACGAUUUCAGUCCUGAUGAUCCCCGUCGCCGCAACAGUCCCCUCAUCCAUGGCUCUGUACUGGUUUGUCUCCAGCCUGGUCGGGUUCAGUCACAACCUUCUCCUUCGAUCUCCGACGGUCCACAAAAUCCUCAGACUGAGAACUCAAAGAUCUGAGUCCCCGUACCGAGACCUGCUGUCUGCCUUCACCAACAAGUACUUCAAAUAAAUACUACAGAGUACUGUAAACAAAUACUGCAGAGUACUGUAAACAAAUACUACAGAGUACUGUAAACAAAUACUGAACGUACUGUGACUAAAUCAACAAAUACUGCAGCCUGUUUGGAACAGCUCAUGACAUUUGAUCCUGUUAAAAGAAUCACUGCUCUGAAUGUGAACUGAUGAAGUCUGAUGUUAUACAAGUGUACUCCUGCUGUAAAUACACAAAUGAAAUAUGCUCUGUGUGUGUGUGUGUGUGUGUGUGUGUGUGUGUAACUUCCUGCUCCAUGUGAACACAGUUUGAACAAAUACAGGAAGAUUAAAUUUGACCUCUGCCUUGAAA